UUAUAGGGAUGGGAAUGCUGGCCGAAAGAUACCAGGACGACAAGGAACGCGGUAACGCAAUGGGUAUCGCACUCGGUGGAUUGGCUCUUGGUGUUCUCAUCGGGCCACCGUUUGGUGGUGUGAUGUACGAAUUCGUCGGGAAAUCUGCACCGUUCUUAAUCCUUUCGGCAUUGGCUCUUGGUGACGGAAUUUUGCAACUUCUGGUGCUUCAACCAUCUGUCGUGUACACUGAAGCGGACCCACCAUCUCUGAAAUCUCUGAUCACCGAUCCUUACAUCGCUUUGGCCGCUGGUGCUAUCACGUUCGCGAAUAUGGGUAUCGCUAUGUUAGAGCCUAGCCUUCCUAUUUGGAUGAUGGACACGAUGGGUGCGAGUAGAUGGAAACAAGGUGCCACGUUCCUACCGGCCAGCAUCAGUUAUUUAAUCGGUACUAAUCUUUUCGGGCCACUCGGGCAUAGAAUGGGCAGAUACCGCUGGCGAGAAGUAUCGAUCAUUUGAUCGUACCUAAUGCAGGCUUGGGAUUUGCUAUCGGUAUGGUGGAUAGCUCGAUGAUGCCGGAAUUAGGAUAUUUAGUCGACAUACGACACACCGCUGUCUAUGGAAGUGUAUAUGCUAUCGGAGAUGUUGCAUUCUGUUUAGGUUUCGCCAUUGGACCUGCUUUGAGCGGUACGUUAGUGAACAGUAUCGGCUUUGAAUGGAUGUUAUUUGGCAUUGCUAUUUUGAAUUUUAUUUACGCACCACUGAUGUACUUCUUGCGAGCACCACCGACAAAAGAAGAGAAGAAGUCGUUGAUAAUUGGCGAAAAGUCGUCUGUGCGCUACGUAACGUACCAAAAUGAAGAAGAGGAACAAUAAAUAGACAGAUAUACUUCUGAGUAUACAGAGUAGCGAUGCGUAUUUCGUUUCCUGCAUUCUUUAGAUGGAACAACGAGUUAAAUGUAACACGGAAGAGUAUCUAUGUUGAUAACGUUUUAAGAAAUCUAUAGAUAACCAAAACAUUAUUAUUUACCCCUUUGUCUAGCGCAAAAUUGUAUAUAUAUAUACGUAGCAUUAGAUCGUAAGAAUAAGUGUGUGCGUUCAAGAGAAUCGUAAAUGCACGGUCGGUGACAUAUUAACAUGCUAACGUCAACGAUGCAUUUACGUACAUUGAUUGAUCGAGGCACCGAGGCAAAGAUACAUCGAUUAUAACGAACACGUGUGUAGCUUAACACGCACGAUGCCCACAACUGGGAUGUCCCCCUUCCCAUGAAAUGCAACUUGCGCGAAUUUUUCAAUCGCUCGAGACAUAGUCGGUGUUUCUCGAAGAUUAUCAAUUCUAACGAAUAAAUUAUACAUACUCGGUGAACCGCCUGCUUUGGAUUCCCUGAAUGGCUGCAGGGAAACCGUACGCGUGCUAAUGGCGAGCAGGCACGAUGAAGAGUUCUCCAAAUUGCAUUGAAUCGAAUGAAAAAAUUGCCGAUUUUACUGACACUCGUGUGAGUAUACUUACGAAACAGAACGAAAUGUCUUAGGGGUCGGGGAUUCGCGAUUUUGUAUUUAACGGGUUUGGGGGCAAAGACCGAAUUUCGACACGUUGUUCGCGCGAUACUUGAUACUCGUCAGAUCGAUCCGCUGACGAGUAUU